AUGACGAAACCCACCGCUGGCUUCCAGACGCCGCGCCCUUCCUCCCUUCGCUCCUCCUCCACCGCCGGCGCCCGCUCCUCCGCAGCGAAGCUCGCGGUCGCCAGCGCCGUCCCCCGGGACCUCGCCUCCAACACCAGGGUGGUCCGCAAGUGCCUGGACUACGAUGGCGACUCCACCCUCCCUGCUUCCGCAGCCCCCACGCCGCCGCUGGAUGACGUGCUGGAGAACGACCUCGCACAUCUGCUGGACCUGCCAGACCCUGAAGUCUCCGGCGACUCCUCCUCCUCCUCCGUCAUCUUCGCUGCUCCGGAUGACGCGGUGAUAGCUUCCGCCGACUCCUCUGUCACCGAGGUCGCCGCGCCCACCGACUCCACCGCCGACAGCGACGCACCGCUCCUGGAGCAAAUCAAGUCCGUCAUGGCCGAGCUGCAUGCCGCCGCCGGCCUCAGCCCGCGCUCCAAGCGCCUCCUCACGGCGCUCGCCGAGGCUGCUAGCGCCGAGCUCACCCCCACGACGACCACCGCACGCCGCCUCCGUCGCGCCACCUUCUGGGGCAAGGUGCGCGUGGCGGUCCUCGCCGCGACGGUCACCACCGUGGCCGCCAUCGACGUCGCGCUCGCCGCUUACCUCUACGCGCGCCGCGUCAACGACCAGUACCACGUCAUGCCCCCCACCUGA